GCACCGAGCGCGCAGCUCGGGACACACGCACGCACGCACGCACGCACACACACGACAGAGGCGCAGGCGGGCGGCGGCGAUGAGGAACAAGGCGGCGGUGGCGGCGGUCGCGGCGGCGGCGGCGGCGGUGGGGGUGGCGCUGCUGGCGCGGCGCCAGAUGCGGGAGGCCAAGCGGUGGGGCCGCGCCGACGCCGUGCUGCGGGGCCUCGACGAGCGCUGCGCCGCGCCGCCCGCCCGCCUGCGCCAGGUCGCCGACGCCGUCGCCGUCGAGAUGCACGCCGGACUCGCCUCCGAGGGCGGCAGCAAGCUCGGGAUGAUCAUCAGCUACGUCGACUCCCUCCCCUCGGGGCAAGAGAAGGGGCUGUUCUAUGCACUUGACCUUGGAGGGACAAAUUUCCGCGUUUUACGUGUUCAAUUAGGAGGCAAGGAAGGGCGAGUUGUGAAGCAAGAAUGUGAAGAGAUCUCAAUCCCGGCACACUUAAUGACCGGGACCUCGCAAGAACUAUUUGAUUUUAUUGCCGCUGCUUUGGCAAAAUUUGUUUCCUCAGAGGGUGAAGAUUUUCAUCUUCUUGAGGGAAGGCAAAGAGAACUUGGUUUUACUUUCUCUUUUCCAGUAAAGCAGUCUUCCAUUGCAUCUGGAACUCUUAUCAAGUGGACUAAAGGUUUUUCUAUUGAUGAAACGGUAGGCGCAGAUGUGGUGGCUGAAUUAAGCAGUGCUCUGGACCGUCAGGGGCUUGAUAUGAAAGUGACAGCAUUGGUAAAUGAUACUAUAGGGACAUUGGCUGGGGGCAGAUAUGAUGACAGUGAUGUCGUUGCUGCUGUUAUUCUAGGUACAGGUACCAAUGCAGCAUACGUGGAACGUGCCAAUGCAAUUCCUAAAUGGCAUGGCCUCCUUCCCAAGUCAGGAGAUAUGGUAAUUAAUAUGGAAUGGGGGAACUUCAGAUCGUCCCACCUCCCUUUGACUGAAUUUGAUCAAGCAUUAGAUGCAGAAAGCCUGAAUCCUGGUGAACAGAUUUAUGAAAAGCUGAUCUCUGGUAUGUAUUUGGGGGAAAUUGUGAGAAGAGUCCUGUUAAAGAUGACUGAAGAAGCUUCACUUUUUGGUGAUGAUAUACCACCAAAACUAAAGAUUCCGUUUAUUCUUAGGACGCCACAUAUGUCAAUGAUGCACCACGACACAUCACCUGAUCUCAGAACAGUUGGAGCCAAACUUAAAGAUGUCCUGGGGAUCCAGGGCACCUCACUUAAAACGAGGCGGCUAGUUGUGGCUGUAUGCGACAUUGUUGCAAAGCGUGGGGCGCGCCUCGCUGCUGCAGGGAUACACGGGGUCCUCAAAAAGCUUGGACGGGACAUCCCCAGUAGCGACAAGCACAGGACGGUUAUUGCCAUGGACGGCGGGCUCUAUGAGCACUACACAAUCUUCAGCGAAACCUUGGAGAGCACCCUGCGCGAGAUGCUAGGGGAGGAAGUAUCAUCCUCCGUCGUCAUCAAGCUUGCGAAUGAUGGGUCAGGUAUCGGAGCCGCUCUCCUCGCUGCAGCUCAUUCUCAGUACCUCGAGGCCGAGGUCUGAGGAGCCAUAGUAGCCUGGAUAUAGAUAUAUGUUGGGUUGUUCCUCAGGAGCAGCGAUGCCGAGUCGUGCCAGCAUCGUGUCUGUGUGUAGCUGGAGCGUCCAUGGAGAGGUGUGUCUCUUAACUAGUAACUGGUAGCUCUGUAACUGUAUAAAUGCAGGAAAACGAUUCUGUCUUCCAGCCAAAAAUUCGGCUCUCAAGUAAUUUCAAACAAGUGAAACAUAUUUUGUGAUCUCAA